AUGAAGCUCUUCUCCUGCCUCAUGGCUCUUCUCCUGUUCCUCCUCGAGGCUGUUCCAGGUCUCGGCUUGCCCAAAGACACCUUACGUUGUGUUGGAUACCAUGGUUUCUGCUUCCAUUCAAAAUCCUGCCCAGAACCAUUUGCCGCGUUUGGAACUUGCUCUCGGCGUCAGAAAACCUGCUGCAUAGACACGACAUCAAACUUCCAUACUUGUCAAGACGAGGGGGGUCAUUGUGUACCUCCAGAAAUCAAAUGUCUGCAAGAACAAGUGGGACUUUGCCCUCACAGAGAAUGGAAGUGCUGCACAGAACUGUAA